AUGUUGUUUUUAUUAAUUCUGAUUUUUGGAAAUACCUUACAAAAUGGAGAAAGUGAGGAAGACAAAUUGUUGCUUGUCCACACGAUCUGGAGACAUGGAGAUAGAGCUCCAAUAACAACAUACCCAACUGAUCCCAACGGGGAAAGUCGUUGGCCGUUUGGGUUUGGGGAACUUACAGAAUUGGGAAUGCGUCAACAAUAUUCUCUCGGCCAUUUACUUCGAAAACGAUAUAUUCUAGACAAUAAAUUCAUCAGUGAGCGUUAUUCCCCUAAAGAGAUCUAUAUAAGAAGUACAGACGUGAAUAGAACUUUGGCUAGUGCCCAAGCAAAUCUUGCUGGAAUGUUUCCGGUGGGAGUGCCAGGAAUUGACAUUCCCGAUUUGCCAAAGAAAUGGCCAUCGCGUUGGACACCCAUUCCGAUACAUACAGUGCCUAUUUAUACAGAUAACAUUGGGAACUUGGACGCCUUUUGUCCCCGUGCAGAACAACUCUUUACCAAGAUCAGAACAAGUCCAGCUUAUUUAAAUGUAAAAAAAGAAAAUGAAAAAUUCUUUGAAUAUAUUAAUGAAAAAACAAAAAUGAAUUUUACACUUGAAAGUAUUGGUUUACUUGAUGAUGUUAUUUAUAUUGAAAAUUUGUAUAACAUGACUCAACCGGAAUGGCUUACAAAAGAAAUUCAGCAACACAUUUACAAUUUGACUUUUAUAGCUUUUGAUUUCUAUUUUGGAAUAGAACAACAAAUUUAUUCUCCGGAAAUGAUUCGACUAAGAGGAGGAAAUUUGCUAGGAGAUGUCGUAAAAAGAAUAAAAUUAAAAUUGGAAUGUUUAAAUAAAAAUGAUAGUAAAUGUAGUUGGAUAUCUAAUUUAAAAUAUUUUGCAUAUUCUGCGCAUGACACAACGGUUGCUGGAUUUUUGUGUACUUUAGGGGAUGAAGAAAGUGUUGCUGGAACGGGUCGAAUUCUCUACCACCCAGCAUUUCAUAAAAAAUAUUACCCAAUAACUGGGUUGACUAAAGGGUGCCCAAAAGGGAGGGAUUUGUGCCCAGCAAAUAUAUUUACUGAAAGAAGUGUUAAAUUCAUUCCGAUUAAUAUUAAUAAAGAAUGCAAAAAGCGUGAAGAAAAUUUUGAAAAAAUUGUUAAAAAUAUUUAA